AUGUGUCUUCGGCUUGUGUUGAUUCUCCUCCUCAUGGUAUUAGCCAUGAACGUAGAGACAUCAUCAAUUACUAAUGAUGUCAGCUGGAAUUCUUGUGCCCAUUACAACAUCGAUUCACCACCUUCCCACAACAUCGAGAACUGUAAUGGAAGAGUAGGUGAUUGUAUCGACGAGGCUGAAGAGAUGAUGAUGGAUUCUGAGGCUAGCAGGCAAACACUCGCCCUUGGGCAAACGUUUGUCAGCUAUAGAGCCUUCAAGAAGGACCAUGUUCCAUGUAAUCAUCGUGGCUUAUCCUACUAUACAUGUAAUAUUAAGGGAAGGGAUUUUCCUUAA